AUUUUGCCGCAAAAUUUAUUGGAUUUGCUAAUGAAAUGAAAUUUGAGAGGUUUUGCCACUCAAAAAUUGAGAAAUUAAAAAAAAAAUAUGAAACAAAAAAACAUUGAUCUAUACGACAAUAACCUAAAGAAACGACAUGAAUACUAAAACAUGUCUUACACUAAACGACAGUUUGAAUAUAUUACGACGUGUCGUUUCUUUACAGAAGUAGAGAAAGAAAGAAAGGGUUUCUUUCUCAAUUCCCUAAUUUGACAUUGUUGAAUGUUUGGUAUCAGUAUGAGGUGUCCGUACUGCUCGGCCGGACAAGGCCGGUGCGCCACCACAAGCUCCGGCAAGUCCAUAACGGAGUGCUCUUCCUGCGGCCGUGUGGUCGAGGAGCGCCAAUCUCAGCCCCAUCAUCUCUUCCACCAACGGGCACAAGACAACCCUCUUUGCCUAGUCACCUCCGACCUUCCAACUCUCCAGCCCCGCGAAGACGAAGACGACCCAUUCGAACCCACCGGCUUCAUCACCGCCUUCUCCACCUGGUCUCUAGAGUCCACUCCGCUCUUUCUUCGCUCCUGCCUCUCUUUCUCCGGUCACCUAGCCGAGCUCGAGCGCACACUCGAAUCUACUUCUUCGUCAACGUCAUCCUCCUCUCAAUCGAAUUCUUCUUCUUCGACAGUUGUGGUUGAUAAUCUCAGGGCUUAUAUGCAGAUUGUGGAUGUGGCUUCGAUUUUGGGAUUGGAUUACGAUAUUUCUGAUCACGCCUUUCAGCUAUUCAGGGAUUGCUGCUCUGCUACUUGUUUGAGGAAUCGGAGUGUUGAAGCUCUUGCGACUGCCGCUCUUGUUCAGGCGAUUAGGGAAGCACAGGAGCCUAGAACCCUACAAGAAAUUUCAAUUGCAGCCAAUGUACCCCAGAAGGAAAUUGGAAAGUACAUCAAGAUUCUUGGAGAAGCUCUACAACUAAGUCAGCCCCUUAACAGCAAUUCCAUAUCGGUUCAUAUGCCAAGGUUUUGCACGCUUCUUCAACUUAAUAAAUCUGCUCAGGAACUGGCAACUCACAUCGGAGAGGUUGUCAUCAAUAAAUGCUUCUGCACACGUAGAAAUCCUAUUAGCAUAUCUGCUGCAGCCAUAUAUUUAGCCUGCCAACUUGAAGACAAACGCAAAACACAGGCAGAGAUUUGUAAGGUGACUGGCCUUACCGAAGUCACUCUCCGAAAAGUCUACAAGGAGCUCUUGGAGAAUUGGGAUGAUCUGCUUCCAUCUAACUAUACUCCAGCUGUACCUCCAGAAAGAGCAUUUCCAACUACAGUAAUUGCUUCGGGCCGCUCUUCAGCAACCAAAGUUGAUUUCAUGGAAGUGACUACUUCUUUAGACAGAGAGAAGCAGCCUGACGUGAAAUUUAACAAACCGAACGAGCUUUCAGAUACAAGCCUACAGGCAAGAGUUAAAGAGGAUGCUGAAGGUAAAGGCAUUUCUCGUGGCGUUCAUUCCUCUAUACCAAACCGACCAACACUGCUUUGGCAAAACCAACUUCCAUUCGGUACAUCAGGUUUUAGAUCAACUAGCGAUAAGGGUCCUCGAGGAAUGGACAUUGAUGAGAAUCACUCUAAUCAUCAACUGUUAGAUCAGAAGAUAGACAAGGAUCCGAUGACUGCUACUAAUAACAGCUCUUCAAACCAUUCAGACCAAACUCAACUCUUGAAUUCCUCAACUUCCAAUAAUAGCUUGUCUGCCAGUCAGUUUAGGCCUCAAUCUUCUUCAUUGGGCCACUCCAAUAAUGUUCAAUUAUUUGGACAGCCAACAAAGCUAGCUCCAGGCUUUGUUGAGCUCAAAAGUACCUCAGGUCUAAAUGGAAGUAAAAGCUCCAAACAUUGAUUCGAUCAUUGUUUCUGCAAGUGUACAUAAGUCUUGUUUGUAUUGUGAGUAGUUAAGUGUCAAAGACCACCUAGAGUAGAAGUUUGUGGGUUUGAUUAGAGUUUAUUUGUUCCUUGGAAAGUUCUUUGUAACGAUUCCAAUGAAUAUAAAAAUACCAAUAUUUUUGGAAGUUGUAAAAUCUUUUUCUUGUAAUGUUUACUUUUUGUUUUGUUUUGAUUUA